AUGCUAGGAUUUGGUAGACCUCGCCUCAAGCAUCGCAAGAGCAUUCUCGAAUUCAUUACUGGCAAGAGCAUCGAAGACCUCUCGGAGCUUUCCCUCGUUCACCGCGAGCUUGGCAUUCUACUUGAGGAAGAAGGCAUCGACGAUAGCUACACACCGUCCUCUUUUGCCCAUCCUUUCACCUUUUCGCAACCCAUCAAUACACUCGAAACUGUAGCUCGCACAUAUCGAAGAAUGCCUGCUGCAAAGGAGAGUGGCCUCGACGAGGACAGCCAGCAUGGCACUGUCUUCUCCGUCUCGGGCCCCGUCAUCGUUGGCGAGAACAUGAUCGGCGUUGCCAUGUACGAGCUCUGCAAGGUUGGCAAGGACGAGCUGAUAAAGCUACCAUUCAGGUCUACGAGGAAACCGGCAACUGGUGUGACAGUCGGCGAUCCCGUGCUGCGUACCGGGAAGCCUUUGUCGGUCGAGCUAGGUCCUGGCCUGAUGGAGACCAUCUACGACGGUAUCCAGCGACCUCUCAAGACGAUUGCCAACAAGACGGAUAGCAUUUACAUUCCCCGCGGAAUUUCGGUACCAGCGCUUGACCGCGAGAAGAAAUGGGCGUUUACGCCUACCAUGAAAGAGGGAGAUCAUAUCAGCGGUGGCGAUGUAUGGGGCAAAGUCGUCGAGAAUUCCCUGCUCAAUGAGCACAGAGUCAUGUUCCCGCCCCGAGCUCGUGGCACCAUCAAGAAGAUCGCGAAGAAGGGUGAUUACACGGUGGCCGAGCCACUACUCACAGUUGAGUUCAACGGCGAGACCAAAGAGUAUCCUAUGAUGCAGUCAUGGCCAGUUCGUGUGCCCCGUCCUGUCACCGAGCGUCAGCGCGCAGAGUCUCCCUUCAUCGUCGGUCAACGUGUUCUGGAUGCUCUUUUCCCUUCUGUCCAAGGUGGCACGGUCUGCAUUCCCGGUGCUUUCGGCUGUGGCAAGACUGUCAUCUCUCAGUCUGUGUCCAAGUUCUCCAACAGCGAUAUCAUCGUCUACGUUGGUUGCGGCGAGCGUGGCAAUGAAAUGGCUGAGGUCUUGAUGGACUUCCCAGAGCUCUCUAUCACCAUCGACGGCCGACAAGAACCCAUCAUGAAGCGUACAUGUCUGAUCGCCAACACUUCGAACAUGCCUGUCGCGGCCCGAGAAGCUUCCAUCUAUACCGGAAUUACCAUUGCGGAAUAUUUCAGAGACCAAGGCAAGGCUGUUGCCAUGAUGGCGGACUCGUCUUCUCGAUGGGCCGAAGCGCUGAGAGAAAUCUCGGGUCGUCUCGGAGAAAUGCCUGCGGAUCAGGGUUUCCCUGCUUACCUUGGAGCCAAGCUUGCGUCUUUCUACGAGCGUGCUGGUGCCUCGACUGCUCUUGGUUCGCCCGAGCGCAAUGGAAGCGUUUCAAUUGUCGGUGCUGUCUCUCCUCCCGGAGGUGAUUUCUCAGACCCCGUUACCACGUCCACCUUGAACAUCGUGCAGGUUUUCUGGGGUUUGGACAAGAAGCUCGCCCAGCGGAAACACUUUCCCAGCAUCAACACCUCGCUAUCGUACAGCAAGUACUCAAGUGUGCUUGACGAUUUCUACAAGAAGGACCAUCCCGAGUUUCCCCGCCUGCGCGACAAGAUCAAGGAGCUGCUCACCAAUUCUGAAGAAUUGGAUCAGGUGGUGCAGUUGGUCGGCAAAUCUGCGCUUGGUGACUCGGACAAGAUCGUGCUCGAUGUUGCCGCCAUGCUCAAGGACGACUUCCUGCAACAAAACGGCUACAGUGAUUACGAUCAGUUCUGCCCGCUAUGGAAGACCGAAUAUAUGAUGAAGGGGUUCAUGCAGUUCCACGAUGAGUCUCAGAAGGCGGUAAGCAGCGGACAGAGUUGGGCCAAGAUUCGCGAUAGCACGGGUGAUAUCCAGCACGCAUUGCGGUCGAUGAAGUUCGAACUUCCUGACGAUGAAGAAGGUGUUAGCAAGAAGUACGACAAGCUUCUCUCGGACAUGUUGGAGAAGUUUGCCAGUGUGUCUGAUGACUAG